AUGAGAGGCUAUAAUUAUGAGUGCAUAACCUGUUGCUCGUGUAAAGUGUUUUUCCAUAGGAAUCAUGAUAACAAGGCUCUGGAUCACCCUGUUUAUUAUGAAAAAGGAAAUGAAUUGAAGUUCAUUAACCAAGGGGAUACAGUGUUAACAAUGACCAGGGAACAAGUAGCAGCGACUCUAUCAUAG